CUAUUCAUCACUCUAAUGGACAAGUUGCGUCUGGAGCUGAGAGCUAUGGACAUGAUUCAGCCAGAACUUAGAGAGCUAAGGGACACCAUGGAUUGCCUCGCAAUGCUGCCGGAGGACUUUGAGGGGAAAGUCAAGGUGCAAGAAUGGCUGGACAAGUUGUCAGAGAUGUCAGCGUCGGACGAACUGUCGGAAGCGCAGGCGCGUCAGCUGAUAUUCGAUCUGGAAACAUCGUACGGAGCUUUCAAUAAAGUGCUACAUUGAUUUGUUUUGGGAUCAAACAACAAAAAUCCUGAAAAUUGUGUAACCAAUUUAUAUCAGUUGUUUAAUGUAAUAUUCGCAAUUUGUAUUUAGAUUAAUAAGUUAUUAAAUAAUGUAAUAUAUA